UGUGUCUUGCUAUACAGACUCACAGGGAAAAUCCCUGCUGUAGUUCAGAUAAAUAGUUUUCCUCUUUGUGGCCAUGCCACUUGGCACAUUUUAGUUUCCUUUUGAUUUGCUAAAAUCGAAAAUGAAUGCCGAGUAAGAGCUCAGUAUACUUGGCUCCAAUGUGAACUAUAUCCCAUUCUUUCUGAUUACUUUUUUUUCCCCCUAAUUCCCUUUGGCUAUUUCAUUUUCAUGACAUCCUCUGUCAUCAUUCUGGAAUUUCCAUUCGGGCUUCUCCUGACUGCCUCCAGGACUCUCUGUUAAAAGGGAGCUGAAUCCAUCUGCUGCAGUCUGAGCUGCAUCUGCCAGAGCUCCUGGUCCUGCGCCGACUGCCCUCACCCAACGGGAAGAUGAAGGUCUCUCCAGCCAUUUUUGCUCUUCUCCUCAUCACAGCCUCUUGCUCCCAAACUUUCUGUGGCCCAGCUGGAUCUGACCUCCCAGUCUGCUGCUUCUCUUACACAUCCCGCAAGCUCCCGCAGAAGCUCAUCUUGCGCUAUUAUAGCACCAGCACCAGCUGCACCCUGCCGGCCAUCGUGUUCAUCACAAAGAAAGGCCGCCAGGUCUGUGCAAAUCCUAGUGACACCUGGGUUCAAAGUUACCUACAAAACUUGGACCAGAACUGAGCAAAGCAAGAUGGCAAGCGUAGUGUUAUCCUGAGCUCCUGCAAUGGAGCAGGACACUAGGGCAGGAGGAGGUAGAAGAGCCCACGUCAGCUGCCGGCGGCCCUGGGGACUGCUGGAAGGUCACCGCGAGGCACCUCCUGCUGCGGUGCUGCUACUCGUCCUCAGCUUGCACUGACCAGUCUGCAACCUCAUCCCUCUGCCCUGGCACCUCCGCCUGUGGCCUGGAAAGGCUCAUGGGACUGUAUCUCUAUUGUUAUAUUAUUUCAAAUUAUUUAAGAAGUUAUCCUAUGGGACAGGCAUUACUUCUGUGGAUAAUAAUGCUAUUUAUGAGAGGGUGGCUCAGAGUCUCAGUGUUGGAUGAUGGGUGGCUAUGGCUUUUGUGUGUGAAAUCAUGAUU